GGGGGGAGGGGGACACUGCCCUGCAAUACUGAGGAGCUGGCCAGCCAGGGAGCCGCCCUCCUCACCCCCAGCCAGAUAUCCAGGCAGGAGCCUCAAAUCUGCUUCCCCAGAUGCACUCUCUUGUCCUCAGGUCCCAUCUGAGGCAGACCUGUCUCACAGGAGAGUGCUGGAGUCCCCGGCAGCAGCAGCAUCCCCAGCCCUAUGGUUCCUGGCAAACCCAGCAGACCUCAGCAACCCGGCUCCUGCAGAUGAUCCGAACUGCCUCUGUCCACUCCUGGGCAGGUUGUGCUUGCAUUCUGGAAGCUGUUUGACAUACAAAGGCCAGAUAUCAGCCUUCCCGCUAACUCUGGGGUAGGGGAGGUGUGGUGGGGUGUGUGAUUGUGUGUGUAUUUGUGUGUAUGUAAUGUGUGUGCACAUAUACAAGGCUGUGUGUAUGCAUCCGUUUGCAUGCACAGGUUUGUGGACCUGUUUUGGGGCCUUCUCUCUUUCAGACUGCUGGGGAUGGGUACCUUCUCUUUCCCCAUCUCUUCCCCAUCCAGCCCCACCCAUCCCUGGUACCUGCAACACAUCAAUACUGGAAACCAGCUCCUGCCAGUCCAUCCAUCUCUCAGCCUUGGCAGCACCCUCAGCCCCCUCCCCUUCCUACCUCAGGAAUCACUCUGGUUCCCGUAAAGCCCAUGACUGAGCAGCAAUUGGUGUGGGGUUGGGGGGAGGGAGAAUCCAGUAAACCCAGACAGAAUACAAAAGGCCCACUCAGCCUAGCCCGUGGCAUGGGGCAGACCCUCCUGCGUGGGAUCCAGAGCUGGGUCCAGCCACCCUCAGCCCCCUAUGAUGUACCCACCUCACUGGGGCUUCUUGGGGGGGUAUGUCUAGGUUUGGGGGCUGUGUCUUUAAGGCUGAAACAUCAGCAGACAACCUCUGCUGGGCAGUGUUCAGGGGAGGGGGAGGGGAAGCAGGGCUGGUCAGCCCAUUAGCAGCAGAGCUGGCGCCAGGCACCAGCCCUUCACAGGGCCCUGGGGAUUAGGGAGAGUAGCUCUUCCCCAGCCCGAUCUGCCUCUGCGCCCCUGUCUCCUGUUCCUCUCUGGGUGUGGUGAAGGAGGGGUAGCUGACAGCAGGUGAAAGUAGAGCCUGGCCUUCAGGGGGCAAGUCAAGGCACCAGCUAUGGGGCCUAAGCCAGGUCAGCUCUCCCUCCAGCUGGCCUCCUCCCUACUCCUGUGCCAGAAGCCUGCCCUUUAACUUCAGGUCCUUCUACCUCGCAAUUUUCAGGGACCCUAGUUUAAAUCAGGCCUUCCUACCCUAGGUUCUAGCUUUGGGUGCUUGUUGGGAGAUAGUGACCCCCACUCCAGCCGCAACAGGGGGCAAUCAAGUGGGCAGAGGCCUGCAACCAGGGAAGGGAGGGGAAGGCGCUCCUGCUGUUCCGCAGGGGUGGGGCAUCCCCCUCCCCACACAACCCCCCUCCAGCGGGCCAUCAGGCCAGUAGGAGGAGCUGCCCGUGCCCCCCCUGAGACCGCAGGGCUAUAAAGCCGCCUCGCAGCGGUCUGCGGCUCCUUCCCAGCCCCUGGCCUAGCUCUGCCAACGGUGACUGCCCAUCCUCGGCCGCAAUGAGCCACCACCCAUCGGGCCUUCGGGCCGGCUUCAGCUCCACCUCAUACCGCCGCACCUUCGGGCCACCGCCCUCACUAUCCCCCGGGGCCUUCUCCUACUCGUCCAGCUCCCGCUUCUCCAGCAGCCGCCUGCUGGGCUCUGCGUCCCCGAGCUCCUCGGUGCGCCUGGGCAGCUUCCGUAGCCCCCGGGCGGGAGCGGGCGCCCUCCUGCGCCUGCCCUCGGAGCGCCUCGACUUCUCCAUGGCCGAGGCCCUCAACCAGGAGUUCCUGGCGACGCGCAGCAACGAAAAGCAGGAGCUGCAGGAGCUCAACGACCGCUUCGCCAACUUCAUCGAAAAGGUGCGCUUUCUGGAGCAGCAGAACGCGGCCCUGCGCGGGGAGCUGAGCCAAGCCCGGGGCCAGGAGCCGGCGCGCGCGGACCAGCUGUGCCAGCAGGAGUUGCGCGAGCUGCGGCGAGAGCUGGAGCUGUUGGGCCGCGAGCGUGACCGGGUGCAGGUGGAGCGCGACGGGCUGGCGGAGGACCUGGCGGCGCUCAAGCAGAGGCUGGAGGAGGAAACGCGCAAGCGGGAGGACGCGGAGCACAACCUCGUGCUCUUCCGCAAGGACGUGGACGACGCCACUCUGUCCCGCCUGGAGCUAGAGCGCAAGAUUGAGUCUCUGAUGGAUGAGAUUGAGUUCCUCAAGAAGCUGCACGAGGAGGAGCUGCGAGACCUUCAGGUGAGUGUGGAGAGCCAGCAGGUGCAGCAGGUGGAGGUGGAAGCCACGGUGAAGCCGGAGCUGACGGCAGCGCUGAGGGACAUCCGCGCGCAGUACGAGAGCAUUGCCGCGAAGAACCUGCAGGAGGCGGAGGAAUGGUACAAGUCCAAGUACGCGGACCUGUCCGACGCCGCCAACCGGAACCAUGAGGCCCUGCGCCAGGCCAAGCAGGAGAUGAACGAGUCCCGACGCCAGAUCCAGAGUCUGACAUGCGAGGUGGACGGGCUGCGCGGCACGAACGAGGCGCUGCUCAGGCAGUUGAGAGAGCUGGAGGAGCAGUUCGCCCUGGAGGCGGGGGGCUACCAGGCGGGCGCCGCGCGGCUCGAGGAGGAGCUGCGACAGCUAAAGGAGGAGAUGGCGCGGCACCUGCGGGAGUACCAGGAGCUCCUCAACGUCAAGAUGGCCCUGGACAUCGAGAUCGCCACCUACCGCAAGCUGCUGGAGGGCGAGGAGAGCCGGAUCUCCGUGCCCGUCCAUUCUUUUGCCUCCUUAAGUAUAAAGACGACUGUGCCUGAGGUGGAGCCUCCCCAGGACAGCCACAGCCGGAAGACGGUUCUGAUCAAGACCAUUGAGACCCGGAAUGGGGAGGUGGUGACAGAGUCCCAGAAGGAGCAGCGCAGUGAGCUGGACAAGUCUUCUGCCCACAGUUACUGAACCCCUUGGUUCAGAGCCUUGACUCUGCCCUAGGCCUGCUCUAAGCCCAAACCCUAACACAACUCCUGAAUUGUCUCCUCUUCCUCUGCAUGUGUCUAAAAGGUGGUACCAGGCAUCCCUUUCCUGGCUUAUGGCCAAGCCCUACCCGGCCAGCAGUCGCUGAGCCUCUCCCUGCUCUGACACUUGAUGUGACCUAUGUGCUCCCCUUUUCAUGUCCCGAUAAGAAGCCAAUGAUCCCCCCCUCAGGACAAAUCUACUCCAGCCACGAUGAGACGUGGGUGAGCCAGGGUCUGAGUUUCACGUUUGAACCAAAUAAAAUGCUGUCAAGAGAAAACUCUCCAGUGCA